AUGCCUCAGUCCACACUGGCCACGCGCGUGAUCCCUGCUGUUCCUCGCCUGCCCCUGCUGGAUCCAGAAUGGCCCCCUGGUGCUACUGUCUCCUCCUCACCCUCCUGGUACCUGAACUUCUGGGAGGCAGGGAUAACGAGUCUCUCUGGGACCCCUUCCAACUCCCCAGCUCCACUGGCCCCCGGAGAAGUAGUGGAGACCGCCAACAAGGUGUGCAAGUUCUCUGGGCAGCGGCUGAGCUGGUGGCAGGCCCAGGAGUCCUGUGAGCAGCGGUUUGGCCACCUGGUACUGCCACCUCCAGAUGGGGUCCUUGCUCCCCGGCUGCCCAACCCCAUCUGGGUGGGCCAAAGAGAGAGCCCUCUGCGAAGACCCCCGCAGAGGCGCGCUCACACCACUGCGGCGCUGAGGUUCGGUGAGAGGACGGCGGACAGGGCAGCGCGGCUUCGGAAGCCCCUGCCUGCGCUGGGGGCGCUGACGGCGUGCGCCCACGUGCAGUGGGACGCCGCCUCGCCGGACACGGCCGCGCUCUUCUCCCUCGCGGUGCCAGCGCUGGCCAACGCGCUGCAGCUGCGCGCCUUCGCCGAGCCGGGCGGCGCUGUGCACUUGGCGCUCGUGGUACGCGGGCAUCACGCGCCCUUCCGCGCUGCCUUCCGCGCGGAUGGCCACUGGCACCACGUGUGCGCCACGUGGGAGCAGCUGGGCGGGCGCUGGGCGCUGUUCGCCGACGGGCGGCGGCGCGCCGGGGCGCGGGGUCUGGGCGCCGGCCACCCGCUGCCACCUGGCGGCGUCCUCGUGCUGGGCCAGGACCAGGAUUCUCUGGGGGGCGGCUUCUCUGCGCGUGACGCCUUCAGCGGCAACCUUACUGACUUCCACCUAUGGGCCCGGACCCUGAGCCCCGUGCAGUUGAACAGGGCACGGUCCUGCGCGCCGCCUCUUGGCGGCUUGCUCUUCCGCUGGGAUCUGGGCGCCCUGGACGUCACACCUUCGCUGCUGCCGCCGGUGUGGGUGCGGCUUUUCUGUCCAGUGCCCUCAGAGGAGUGCCCUACGUGGGACCCAGGACCCCGCACCGAGAGCCCUCUGCUCUGCUUGCAGCAGCUGCCCUUCCUCUGCUGCUACGGGACAGGUAAAUCCCUGUCCAGCUGUGCCUUGGGCAUGCUGAUGGCGACACUGGAGAACUACCUGCGGCUGCAGGAAGCCCAGUCAUGGUCUGGCCAGGAUGUUAUCAGCCAAGUCAACGCCUUGGCCAAUGCCACUGUGCUCUUCCCGGAUCCUCUCUCCGAAGAAUAUGGGGACCUGUCCCCAGCAGAGGCCUCCAGCUUCCUGGGUAUCCUGGAGAGAGUCCUGGCCAAGGAGGCAGCUCCCCUGGGGCCCGCCGCACUGCUGGCUGUCGUGCAAUUCCUGAAAAGAGUGGCAGCCCUCGGGGCCUGGGAGUCAGAGCCUGGGACAGGGCCGUGGGAGCAGCUGGGCCAGGCCGUUGUGUCUGUGGCCAGCCUGGUCCUGGAGGAGCCACUGGCCAGUGCAUGGCUGAAAGUCGGCGAGGUGGUAGGUGGACCCAUGGCCCUGGUGGCGAGUGUGCAGCGCCUGGCACCCCUGCUAAGCAGCGUGCUGACCUCUGAGCGGCCCCGAAUGCACUUCCAGCACCGCCAGGCUGGCCUGGAGCUGCAGCGGCUGCACCUGAGGGAGGCAGGCCCAGAGGGUUCCACGUUCACGAUGCCCGGUGGGCACCCAGAGGGGCCUGGCCACAUCUGCAUCCCUGCUGGUGAAGUGAGGCGGCUCCUCGGGAAAGGCCUCUCUGGAGUCACCGUGAUCCACAGCUGGUUCAGCUCAAGUGUCUUCAAGCACAUGCCAGGGGCCCCCGGCCAAGGGCCCCCAGCCCCUGACAGCUCUGAAGAGACAAGCAGAAUGCAGAGGUUCCUAAGCACCCAGGUGGGGUCAGCCAUCAUCUCCUCUGACGUGUGGGAUGAAGCCGGGGAGGUCAACACAGCUGUGACCUUUCAUCUGCAACACCAGGUCCAGGCCUUCCCUCAGAAGCUGGUGGAGCCUGUCUGUGCUUUCUGGAACUUCAGCAUCAGGGACCCCUUGCUCUGGCAGAGGCUUUGCCCUGCUUGCUACCUGCCCCUAUCCCCAUGUCAGUGCAUCUCUAGAGCCCUCUGUUCCCUACUCACCCCAAGCCCAGACUCAGGGGGCUCCUGGGCCACCAGUGGCUGCUCUGUGACCGCCUUGUACCGGGACUCGACUGCCUGCUUCUGCAACCACAGCACCAACUUUGCCAUCCUGUUGCAGGUGUAUGACGUCCAGAGAAGCCCUGAGGAUGAGUCACUGCUGAGGACACUCUCGUUUGUGGGCUGCGGUGUGUCCUUCUGCGCCCUCGCCACCACCUUCCUGCUCUUCCUGGCAGCUGGGGUCCCCAAGUCAGAGCGAGCCACUGUCCACAAAAACCUCACCUUCUCCCUGGCCUCCGCCGAGGGCUUCCUGAUGGCCAGCGAGUGGGCAAAGGACAACGAGGUGGCAUGUGUGGCCGUCACAGCUGUGAUGCACCUGCUCUUUUUGGUUGCCUUCUCCUGGAUGCUGGUGGAGGGGCUGCUGCUGUGGAGCAGGGUGGUGGCUGUGAGCAUGCGCCCGGGCCCCCGGAUGAGGCUCUACUACGCCACGGGCUGGGGUGUGCCUGUGGUCAUUGUGGCCAUCACCCUGGCCACGUCCCCCCAAGACUAUGUGGCCACUGGGCACUGCUGGCUCAAUGUGCAUACAGACACCAUCUGGGCCUUUGUGGGGCCCGUGCUCUUCGUGCUGACCGCCAACACCUGCAUCCUGGUCCGUGUCGUGAUAGUCACCGUGUCCAGUGCCCGCCGCCGGGCCCGCAUGCUGAGCCCGCAGCCCUGCGUGCAGCAGCAGCUCAGGAUCCAGAUGUGGGCCACGGUGAAGCCGGUGUUGGUCCUGCUGCCCGUCCUGGGCCUGACCUGGCUGGUCGGCGUGCUGGUGCACCUCAGCCCAGCCUGGGCCUACGCCGCCGUGGGCCUCAACUCCUUCCAGGUACUUCCAGGACACACACUGGAGCUCAGAGGGCCUGGUUUGUCAGGGGACUGAGAAGAGAUGUCCCCAACAGCAACGGGGGACAUGGUCGCGG